AUGGGAGAGCUUGGGCUUUUAGGCGCCACUAUAAAAGGUCAUGGAUGUGCAGGCGUCAGCAGUGUUGCAUCAGGGCUUAUUACAAGAGAAGUCGAGAGGGUAGACUCUGGUUACAGAUCAGGCAUGUCCGUGCAGAGCUCUCUUGUCAUGGGAGGAAUCGAUGAGUUUGGGACGCAGGAGCAGAAGGACAAAUACUUGGAGCCCCUGAGGCAGGGUAAAAUGAUUGGCUGCUUUGGACUCACCGAGCCAAAUCAUGGCUCAGAUCCUGGAUCUAUGGAGACGACGGCAAAACCACAUACAUCGAAGGAAGGGUACCUGUCGAUAUCAGGAGCUAAGACAUGGAUCACAAAUUCACCCAUCGCUGAUCUGUUUUUGGUAUGGGCGAAGCUGCAGGAGACAGGUAAGAUACGUGGUUUUCUGAUAGAGAAGGAUCAAUGUCCGCCUGGAGCACUAGAGGCUCCACCCUUGAAGAACAAAAAUGGCCUUCGCGCCUCCAUUACAGGCAUGAUCCAGCUUGACGAAUGCCCUGUGCCGAAGGAGAACAUGUUUCCCAACGUGGAGGGGCUAAGGGGCCCUUUCAGCUGUCUCAACUCUGCUCGGUUCGGUAUCGCCUUUGGAACGAUGGGGGCCCUCGAGGACUGUAUCAGUAGAGCCAGAGCAUACGCCCUAGAGAGGAGACAGUUCAAAAACAAUCCCAUUGCCAAGUAUCAGCUGGUGCAGAAAAAGCUUUCUGACGCCGUGACUGAUGCAGCUUAUGGGAUCCUGGCAGCCACCCAGGUCGGCAGGCUCAAAGACCAAGGCCAGGCAGCUCCAGAAAUGAUAUCGAUGAUCAAGAGACAGAACUGUGACAGAGCUCUGGUCAAUGCCCGAACCUUGCAAGAGGUAUUCGGAGGUAAUGCUGUAAGCGAUGAGUAUCAUAUUGGAAGGCAUGUCGCAAACCUGUUUGUCACUCAAACUUAUGAAGGCCAGAGUGAUAUACAUAGUCUAAUACUUGGCCGAGCCAUCACCGGUAUCCAGGCGUUCGCCUGA